AUGUCCAUCCCAAAGAACUCAGCUGCAUGGCUCAUCAAAGCCGGCUCCCCCCUACAGGUGGGAGAUGCUCCACUGCCCACAGCUGGUCCAGGAGAACUCGUCAUUAAAAAUGCGGCGGUUGCUAUCAACCCUCUUGACUGUCACAUGCAAGACUCCGGGGUCUUCGUGCAGGAAUGGCCCGCCAUCUUCGGCUGCGAUGUAGCCGGUGAGGUGUAUGAAGUGGGAAAGGGUGUUGAACGCUUCAAGAGAGGGAAUCGUGUAAUCGGGCAUGCUAUCAACCUGACCAGUGGGCGCCCUCGGGAUGGCGCAUUCGCUCUGUACACAGUAAUCCCUGCAACCAAAGCGGCCAUACUCCCCGAUGAAAUAUCUUUCACGGAUGGUGUUGUCGUGCCAUUCGCAUUGGAGGCGGCUGUCUGCGUGCUUUCCGUCAAGGAGCCAGGUGUCGCCAUGCCCGGUGUGGCUACACCGGCACUGGGCUUUCCAUACCCUUCGCUGGGGGACGUGCCAUCCUCCGGCAAGAUGCUCGUUAUCUAUGGGGGCUCAUCCGCCGUUGGCUCAAUGACAACCCAGCUCGCCACAGCGGCUGGACUUCACGUCAUCGCCAUUGUCGGAGCACACAACUUCGAAUUCAGCAAGCGGUGCGGUGCAUCUCAAGUAUUCGAUCGCAAUGAUACUUCACUUGCCGAUAAGGUUAGCGACGCAGUUCGAAAGAAUGGUGGCGAGUUCGUUGGCAUCUUUGAUGCUAUAGCUACCUCCGAGACUUACGCUCACGAUAUCACCAUCCUUGAUCAGCUGGGUGGAGGCCACCUUGCUUGCGUGCAUCCUCCUCCUAGUAUCGAUCUCCCUGCGAAUGUCAAUGCUGGUAUGAUCUUUGCUGUCAACGAUGUUGCAACGCCUGUCUGGGAGGAAUAUGUUACGCCUGCGUUGCAGUCCGGAAGGCUUCAGUGCCUCCCACCCGCACUUGUCGUCGGUAAAGGCUUAGAGCAUAUCCAAACUGCGCUGGAAAAGUCCAAGGCAGGAGUUAGUGCCAUGAAACUGGUGGUGGAGCUGUAA